AUGGCGUUGGAACGUGAACGUACAACGCGUAUGUUUCUGGAACAGCAGCUGAAUCAAAUGCGAGAAAUGUAUCAAAACGGACUGAACGUUGUGGCAACAGCGGCACUGAAUCCAUCGAACAGCCCGACGCUGCAGCAACAGCAGCAGCAACAACAACAGCAACACCGUCAACAACAACAGCAACCAACUGCGCAACAAAUCGCUAACUCAGCUGCGAAGAUUACCAUCACCACAACGACGAUGAGCGUUCAUGAUUCGGUGAUACGGCCAACGCCACUGAUUGCGCCGAUUUCGGUAGACGUUUCGCCACGUAUGGCAGUUCCGAUGCCACCAGCACCAUCACCAAUGAUACCACCGACGUUGACAUCAUCGGCAGCUACGUCGGGACCGCUUUCGGCACCUUCCGCCUUCAGUUCGUCGUCGAUCACAGCACAUCGUUCUCUGCAAACGAUCCUGGAUGCGAUUCGACACCUUGAGGGCGGUGCGUUGGUGCCACCAACGGCGUCGCCACCACCCACAUCCCAAGCGCCUCUAGUGCGGUAA